AUGGGAGACAAAGGAGAGUUUGGCUCUUCAACAAUAAAAUGGCCGAAGAUCAAACUCAAACGGAAUCUCAAUGUCUCUUAUCUGAAGAAUCUUGAUCUCUUCACCGUGGAAAACUGUCUCACUUCUGAUGAAUCAAAGGGCUUUAUAAAAAUCGCAGAGUCUCUCGGUUUUACUCACCAAGGAAGUCUUGGCCCAGCCUAUGGUGAAGCUUACAGGGAUAACCACCGAAUCUCGGUGAACGAUCCUGUCCUUGCGGAUACUAUAUGGCAAUCUGGGCUUUCUAAUAUAUUCUCUGACAUCAAGAUUAGGAGGAAGGUUGCAGUCGGGUUGAAUCCAAACAUUAGAUUUUACAGGUAUACUGCUGGUCAGCAUUUUGGUCGUCACAUUGAUGAAAGUGUUGAUCUUGAAGAUGGAAAGCAGACCCAUUACACAUUGUUGAUAUAUCUAAGUGGGAGCAACACCAAAUCAAAUUCCAAGAGCAACUCAAGCAAGAAAAAUGAUUCUUCUUUAGCCGAGCCUUUAGUUGGUGGAGAAACCGUCUUUUUUGGUUCAAGGAACAGUAUCGUAGCUGAGGUAGCUCCCAUGGAAGGUAUGGCUCUCUUUCACAUCCAUGGAGAAAAGUGCAUGUUGCACGAAGGAAGAAAUGUCUCCAAAGGCGUCAAGUAUGUGUUCCGUUCUGAUGUUGUUUUUGCAUGA